CAAGCUUCGCAAGCUGCUGGAGAAGUAAUUCGGUUUACUCACUCCAAGGACUUGCGAUACAUGGAGAGUUUGUCGUGUCUGGUUUUCCGACCAGCAGCUUCGACGAGGUUAUUUUCCCCUAGGAUUCCUCAAAUGGCAGCUUCUCGCUCCGCUGCGUUUCUUUCUUCCGAGGACUAUCAGUUUCUAAGAACUACUGCUACACUGGCUUUAAAAUCCACCAAAGCGUCGGCUUCAACAGUUUGGACGACCCCAUCAACAACGACCACUGUUGCAAGCACAGACACCGCCUGUACCAAAAAGGUUUUGGUUCCAAUUGGAUUUGGUACUGAGGAAAUGGAAGCUGUUAUAUUGGUUGAUGUUCUGCGUCGUGCUGGGGCAGAGGUGACUGUGGCCUCAGUGGAACCGCAGCUUGAGAUUCAAUCAUCGGGAGGCACCAGAUUGGUCGCUGAUACCGCAAUCUCCACUUGUUCUGAUCGAAUUUUUGAUCUGGUGGCAUUGCCGGGAGGAAUGCCUGGAUCAGCACGAUUAAGAGAUUGUGAAAUUCUCAAGAAAAUCACAAGCAAGCAAGCCGAGAAUAAGAGGCUCUAUGGAGGUAUAUCUACUGCUCCGGCAGUCGCACUUCUCCCUUGGGGACUCUUGAGGAGGAAGCGGGCAACUUGCCACCCUGCAUUCUUUGACCGGCUUCCAACCUUCUAUGCUGUCAAAUCAAAUCUUCAAGUUUCAGGAGAGCUUACUACAAGCCAGGGCCCAGGAACUUCUUUUAUGUUCGCUCUGGCCUUAGUAGAGCAGCUUUUCGGGGAGUCUGUGGCCAAGGAGAUUGGAGAAUUAUUGUUCAUGCAUUCUGACGAUGAUAAACCGAGAACGGAAGAGUUCAACAAAGUUGACUGGGCUGUUAGUCAUACUCCACACGUGCUGGUUCCUGUUGCAAAUGGCUCAGAGGACACUGAAGUAGUUACCAUUGCAGACAUUCUACGUCGUGCAAAGGUGGAUGUUGUGGUUGCUUCAGUUGAAAAAUCAGUUAAGGUUUUGGCAUCUCAGGGUGUCAAAAUCAUAGCUGACAAGCUAAUUGGUGAUGCCGCAGAGUCAAUAUAUGAUUUAAUCAUACUUCCAGGAGGAGUUGCUGGUACUGAACGGCUACGGAAAUCUAGGGUUCUCAAGAAGUUGCUGAAAGAACAAGAUGCGGCUGGAAGAAUAUACGGAGCAGUUUGCUCUUCUCCCACAGUCCUGCAUAAGCAUGGACUGCUGAAGGAUAAAAAACUCACUGCUCAUCCCCAUGCCAUUACGGAACUCGCCAAUGCCGUAGAUGGUCCCAAAGUAGUUAUCGAUGGUAAACUGAUUACAAGCAGGGGAUUUGCUACUGUUUCGGAUUUCGCACUGGCUAUCGUGAGCAAGUUUUUUGGCCAUGCAAGGGCUAGAAGUGUUGCAGAAGGUCUUGUUUUUGAGUACCCCAGGAGUUUAAAGAUCUAACUUAGAUAUGGCAAUUUUUCCAGAUGCCAUAAAUUUUUAUGUAAUCCCUGACUGGAACAUCUAGUGGGAGAGGAAAACCAUCAAAUUACAAGGAAAAAUAAGGCCCCAACAGGAUCAAAUUAGAAAGUGGAUUAGAUAUCCAUAUU